CCUGUGUCCAUCAGCACUCCACACAUACAGAAAGCCUCCCAUGGAACGAGCAGAGUCUUGUUCUUCCACGACGAAUCCAGCAACCCAGGUUGGAAAAGGCUGCAUCGACACCAACGUUCUCGCAGAAACAACUACGGCCGAAGCCUUACCCGGCACCUCCAACGUUAAGGAGGACCAAGGUAGCCAGCACCCUGAUACAAUGGAAAUUGAAAAGGGGCUUGCAUAUUGCUCGGAAGGAGUCACCACCAUACAGAACUGGUGCGAAAACAUCUCCGAGCGGAUCCAGGAGCUCCGGGCCAUGUUAGCAUCAAGCAAGAAGAGAAAGGAAAGGAGCUCAUCACAAACACUGCGCACGCCCCCAUUUGCCCUGGACCUCAGUGGAACAAGCCCUGAAGAAGAUAUCAUGAAGGGGAAAACAACCCAUGCAUCUGCCGGAGGGGGAUCUUCCUCCGGAAGAGAAGCUACGAGCCAGAGGUUAUACCCAAAUUUGAAGUCGUACAUUGUCUGGGUUGACGUCAAGGGAAGGCUACCAGUUCGCUUGACUGGAAAUCAGAUAAAGAUGGGGAUCCUUAAACCAGUUGAGUUGGAUAGCAACAUUAUUGCUGCGACCGUGCGCUUGCUAAGCGAGUUCGAGAGGAACAUGAUUCUCCACAGAAGCAACGGUGCAUCAAGGCACUACAUCCCGCCAGAAUGGACAUCCUACGUCACAGCAGGGAACUUCGAAGCCCACAUCUCCGAGCAGUACUUCAAGAACAGCCCCACAGGAUAUGAUUUAACCACCUGCAACAUGGUAAACCCACUGUCAUAUUUCACAAGCACUGCUUUUCCUGAUUCAAUUGACUCUUUGCGUCCUCCUUUUCUACAACGUUCCAAACAGCUGCUUGCACCAGUUCGAUUUGGCCAAGGUUGGUCAUGCUACGCUAUUAACGUCCCGGAAAGCACACUCACAGUGAUGGACCCUUUUCUCAAGGCAGAUGCUGGAAACAUCCGCAUCCAAUGGCAUCAGAUCACAGCUCGGAAAGUGCUUGAAGAGGCGAUUAGGUGCUUCGACAUUGUCAGAAGCGUCGACACUGCAGAAACCACAAAGUGGAAAGUGAACAUACAGCUCCUGACAGAAGUGAAAUGCUGCACCUGGGACACCGGUAUCUACACGAUGACUUGCAUGCGUUGGUACGAACCAGAAGUUGAUGUUAGCAUCAUCAGGCUGGACGAGCGGACGGCAUACGAAGCAAGGAAGCAGCUUGCGCAUGACCUCAUCAACAUGGAGUGCAACCAUGCCCAGCUACCACACAGGCUUCCAACCUCAACCUAAGGACGUGGAACCAAGAUCAAGUGAUGGACCAGGCCAUCACCUACCAACGAGAUCCACCAUUUUAGUACCUUUUGUUAGGCUUUGACAAUGCCAUCAGGUGUUUGAUGGCUAAUUUAUCGUCGAAUUGUAGUCCGACUGUAUGGUUAUGUAAUAUGCUGCCGCUUUUAUUCAGUUAUCUCGCACAUUUAUAAAGGGGUUUCGUGCCCCAUGUUUCCCCCA